AUGUUUACGUAUAUUGUAUCUAGGACAGCUUUUGGGAGUAGCUUUGAAGAGGGAAAGCGCAUAUUUGAACUACAAGAACAACAGACGACGCUUACUUUGCAGGCUAUGCGAAGUGUCUAUAUUCCGGGACUAAGGUUUCUACCAACUAACAGAAACAGAAUGAUGUGGAAACUAGAGAAGGAAAUUCGGGAUUCAAUAAGGAUAUUGAUCGUAUCAAAUAGCAAAAUAAGAGAGAACUCAAACAAUCUUCUGUCUCUGUUAAUGUCUGUCAAUGGCGAUAAUGAUAAGGAUAACCAGGGGUUAGGGGUGGAAGAAGUUAUAGAUGAAUGCAAGACAUUCUACUUUGCAGGGAAGGAGACAACUGCCAACCUUUUGACUUGGGCACUUCUGCUCCUAGCACACCAUCAAGAAUGGCAAAGUAGGGCACGAGAAGAAGUCUUUCGGGUUUGCAAGAACAAUGAACUUCCAGAUACAGAGAACCUAAAUGAUUUAAAGAUUGUAGCAUGCAUACUGAACGAAACACUUCGACUCUACCCUCCAGUUGUGAUGUUGAUGAGGCAAACAUCAAACAACAUUAAGCUGGGAAAUCUUGACGUUCCGACAAACACGCAGUUCAAUUUGCCAAUAGCAGCUGUCCAUCACGAUCCCUCGAUAUGGGGAGAAGAUGCAAAUGAAUUCAAUCCACUGAGAUUUGCUGAACCCCGCAAACAUUUGGCCUCGUAUUUCCCAUUUGGUUUAGGCCCCAGAAUCUGUGUUGGGCAAAAUUUAGCCAUGGUUGAAUCAAAACUUAUCUUGGCUAUGAUCCUCCAACAAUUUUCUUUUGCAAUUUCACCAUCAUAUGUUCAUGCCCCAAUUCUCUCCUGGACUUUGGAGCCUCAGUAUGGUGCAUACAUUAUUUUCAGGAGGAUUUCAAGCUGAAGCUUUUCGCAAAAUUGCUCAAUCUUCAUAAAUAAUUUGGCACUGUAUAACGUCAUCUUUAUGGUGAGGGUUUUCCUAUAAUAGAUUUCGUUGAACCAUGCAGACACAUAUGAAUUAUAAUUUCAAGUAUUUAUUGAUGUUUGCAGUAAAGUUCAUGUCUGGAAUGUAAGUCACAUAGUUGCUUUUAAGCACCAUUAAGAUUAGCCAAACAUGCUACCUA